GGUGGGAGGGCUUAUAUACUGCAGCCUCCGUCUCGAGACACGUGAAGCUGAAGCGGAUGCGUCUGCAGGAGGAUGAACUUCAGCUCCGCGAUACAUGUAUCAGUUCGUAUUGCGGCACCAUUGAGAUCUACAGGGAAAUUCUUCUCAUGAUCCAAGUGAAUCUCCUGCAAUACUGUUUUCUGAGUUAAAUAUGAUCUGCCUUACGAUUGGAUUAUAUGGAUGCGAAGAUGCGCAGCAGUAAACGGAGUUUUUACUAUUAUUAUUUUAAUAUUUUACUAUUUUUUCUAUUAAGAAUCCAUUGAAAUUUGAAAACAUUUUGUAAGAAAUAUACCUGGAUUUACAUGGAUUGUUUUACAAAAUAUAAGCAAUUACUGCCGUUUGGGUCUUUCAAACUUUUUAGCAUUUUUUAUUUACCUUUAUAAACCUUUUAUUUAUUGUUGCGCGUGAUAGGACAUUGUUUUGAUCUAUGGAUUGUUUGAACUCAAAUGGAACUGCAUGGAUUUGAUGGUUUAAAUAAAAAAAUCCCUGGUUUUCAAUGUUGUCUUUUGGGUCUCCACCCUUUCAGCAUUCCUCUGUGAAGAUGCGACCCUCCCAUCUCAAUACUCCACUGAGGUAGCCAUGCACCGCAGCAACACAUCCAGGCUCGUGCCACUCCGCCCCUUUGCCAAUCACAGUCAGUGGGAGGGUCAUGUGACCUCUUCAGCACUUGAAAACGUCACCUCGGACCGUCCCAUGAGCGGACCUAUAGCUGCCAUGCUAUCAAUGACCCUGGGCAUCCUGUCGAACAUUGUGGCUUUACUCAUCCUGGCGAACGCGUAUGCCCGCCUGCGACGCCGUUCCAAAGCCUUCCUUCUAUUCGCAAGCUCACUGGUGGCCACAGAUUUCGUGGGGCAUGUCAUACCCGGUUCAAUAGUCAUGAGGCUUUACCUUUCCGGAGGCGUACCCUCUGCAGAAUACAACAGGUCGGAUCCCUUAUGCCAGUUCCUAGGGGGCAGCAUGGUGUUUUUCGGCCUGUGCCCGCUCUUUCUUGGAUGCGCUAUGGCGGCCGAGAGGUGUUUGGGGGUCACAAAGCCACUGCUCCACGCUUCGCUGGUUACGAUCACAAGGACAAAAGUCUCGCUUUCAUUUAUCUGGUUGGCGGCACUUUGCGUUGCCCUUCUACCCUGCUUCAAGCUGGGCUCGUAUACCUACCAGUACCCUGGCACCUGGUGUUUCAUUAAAGUUCUGGAGGACGUUGAAGAGGCGGACGUGGCCUUCGUUAUGCUGUUCUCCGGUCUGGGGAUGACAACUCUGGCUGUGGCUUUGGUCUGUAACACAGUGAGCGGACUGACGCUGGUGUUGGCCAGGAUACGCAAGCAAACCUGUAACCGUCGGUCAGCUAGGUCACAUGACAUUGAGAUGGUGGUGCAACUUGUGGGUAUAAUGGUCACGUCAUGUAUCUGCUGGAGCCCUCUGCUGAUUGUUGGCCUAAUUACAGUAACACAGUCGUACGAGGGCUCUAUAGGAGAUGACCUUCCCACCUAUAAAACCCUGAUGAUAAUGGGGGUGCGAAUAGCUUCGUGGAACCAGAUCCUGGACCCGUGGGUCUACAUUCUUCUCCGCCGAGCCGUCCUCCGAAAGAUUUACCUCAUCACCAAACGUCAGACAGACUUCAAACAAAACAAUUUACGCUGCUGGGAGAUCCAUUCCUUUCCCAGUUCAGAGAAAAAUACUGUCAGUAGAGUAUAAGAGGAAAUCAUCAAACUCAGACAGCGUUAACAUUGUCACAUCUGGGGCAUUUCACACUAUGUGUAUAAUUGUUUUGUAUUUUUUCUUCCUUUGCAAUGAUCUCCUAUGUUAAGUCAUGAAGUGAUGAUGAAUGUACAGUAUUUUUAUUACUGAUUUGCACAGAGAUGGACAUAUUGCUUUAGCUUCUUUAUACAUUCCUGUUAUUCCCUUAAUGCACAGUAUACAACAUGAAAACAUUCACUGAUAGAUUAUUGUGCAUUUAAGAUUAUUUAGAAUGUGUAACAAUAGCUUGGGCUAAUAAAAUUGCCAUAGCAGCAGGGACAGUGCAAAAUGGUCGCAAAAACAAUGUUUCCUUUAUUUAACUGGACGAAAAUCACCAAACCUUAAUUCAUCAAACAUUUAAUGGUUGUCAAUCUUUGUACAGCAUUAAAGGGAAAAUCUGUCAUCAUUUACGUACCCUCAGAUAGUUCCAAACCUUUACAAAUUUCUUCGUUCUGCGAAAAAGAAAUUUUGAAGAAUGCCAGUAACCAAUCCGAUUUCAUCCUGUUUUGACUCCUGUAGUAUUUAUUUUCUGGACUAUAACAUUGAAGUGCCAGUACAUUUUUGUAGUGAACAUUAUUUUUCCUGGAAGAAGCUAGUUUACCACAUGCGUAUCUGAUAUGUAUGUUACUGUGGAUAAAUGUGGAUGUAAACAUUUAUAUUACAUAUUUUUGCUUGUGUUAUCCCUCCAAUUUUCUGGAGGCUACCUGUGUUGUUUUUUAUUGAAAGCAUUAUACCUAAUAAAUAAAAAACAUGUUCAACCUCAUUUCUAUUGCUAACUGUGAUUUUUUUGUUUGAUAAUUGUUUUGUUCAUGAAGUAAGCUUAAAGCGGCCCUGCAACGAUGUGUCAUGCAUUCUGACAUCUUUACAGUGUUAAAUGUGCUGUCUUCUCAUGGUUAACAUGGCCAGCUUGUCAAAAAACGACUUGGGCGUAUUACGUAGUAUUUCUGUGCUCGAUACACUCCCCCAGUGAUCGUACAGGUUUCAGAAAGUUUUUUUCGAACAUAUAAAACUGUUUUGUAACAACUUUUCUUAGUCCCUCAUUGGGCAUGUCACCCGGAAAAGCAUGCGGCACCGCCAAAGGAGAGCAGGAGAAGGAGCAUGUGCAGACGUCACUUGUAAGCAGGAAAGAAAGGGAGCAUACCUUUGCGAAGUUCAGGUGUUUGUUUGUUUACUGCAUUUGGGUGAUGAAUGUUAUAUAAACUGUGGAUAUAACGCUGGAUUUGGAGAUCGCUUGAAACUGAUAUAUGGAGGAGUCCCAGCGCUAAAAGAUGUUAUGUAGUGCCUUUUAAAACUAUUAAUCAUCACCCAAAAUGCUCCACAGACGACACCAUCUCCACCACACUCUGGCCCUCACUCAUCUGGACAAUUAAAGCACUUACGUCCGAAUGCUGUUCAUAGGUUUUAGUUCAGCAUUCAACACCAUCAUCCCUCAGCACCUGAUUGGGAAGCUGAACCUGUUGGGCCAGUCUGUAACUGGAUCCUGGACUUUGUGACCGAAGGACUUCAGUCAGUCUGGAUCGGAAACAACACAGGGCUGUAUGCUGAGUCCUCCGAUGUUCAAACUGCUGACUCAUGACUGUGCAGCGACGCAUAGCUAGAACCACAUCAUCAAGUUCGCCGAUGACACGAUCGUGGUGGGUCUCAUCAGUAAGACAAUUCAGCAUACAGAGAGGAAGUGGAGAGGCUAACGGACUUGUGUAGAGUCAGCAACCUGUCUCUGAAUGUUGACAAAACCAAAGAGAUGGUUGUUGACUUCAGUAAGACACUAUCCGCUGUACAUCAAGGCUCCUCGGUGGAUAAUGUAAAGAGUACCAGAGUCCUUGGUGUCCACCUGGCGGAGAACCUCACCUGGUCACUCAAUAACAUCUCCAUCACCAAGAAAGCCCAGGAGGCGAAGGUUCUUCCUUCGAAGGUUGAGAAAAGCCCAACUCCCUCCCCCCGUCCUGACCACGUUUUAUACAGAGGGACUAUCGAGAGCACCCUGAGCAGCUGCAGACUGAGCAACAGCU